AAAGAUGCUAUAUAUAUGUUGUUUCAUCUUGGUUAAGUGUCGAAUGACUAUAGGCUUGCCGGUUCGUUCGGGAAAUUAUGAAGGAUUAACGAGCUUCAUUAAUUAUAUGUCACGUGGAGAUUACAGCAACGGUACAAUAGCGUUCACUAUCAUUUCGGUGCAUCCAAAAGACGACUCGUCACCCGUCGAUCAUGGCAUCGAAUCGGACGUUGAUGCUGGCCAUUGGAUUGGUGUUGGGUGCAGGAGGUCUUAUUGCGGCGAUCCUGUGUGGGGUGCUCAUUGACACCUCGGAAGGACCAGUGUUUACCCCCGUCACCGAUGGUUAUGUGGAGAUCAGACACGGGGACGACGUCGUACUCGUCGGACAGGUUGGGGUAACGCUAGACGGUUCCGGUGACGAGUGCACGAGCGAAGGGGAGAAUGUAAUUCAGUGUUUCGAGUGGGAGAAUACAGCAAGGUUAGAGAUCCGACAAGAAACACCAGAUGACAUUAUAUGUAACCGCGUGAGUUGGCAAGCCAUGACGCCCGACGUCGUCCUCCAAGACUGCUACGAGCUCGGCGAUGCACAUUGGUUCGGUAGCGCCAAUAGGUUCUUCCAACACUGGCCCAUCAACGAAUGGAACGAAUCUAUGACCAUGUAUGUCUCCGGUGAUAUGUACGCCAAUUAUAACGACUAUGGUUCGGUGCUCGAGAGGUACUGGCUGUCGUCAAAGGGAGUGGCCAUUCGGGCAUCGCAUAAUUCGCCGCUUCACGUGAGCUUGAACUACGACGAUGACGGCUUGGUGUGUUUCAAAGGAGAAUACAGAAACUCUUACUACCCAAGUACGGAAGAUGCUCCGCAACCGUUUCUGGAUUACACGAUCUGCACAGGUGAGAACACCAGGGUUAUUCAUGACUACAUGACACAAAGGUACGUGAAGAAACCCUCAGGUUUACCUGACAUCCGAAUGAUGCGUUCGCCAAUUUGGUCAACAUGGGCAAGGUACAAAACAACUGUCAACCAGUCGCUAGUCUUAGGAUUCGCAGACGAAAUCACCGCCAAUGGAUUUAACAACAGCCAGAUAGAAAUCGAUGAUGGGUAUGCUGGAAGAAAUUACGGGGAUUUUUUCUUCGACGAAAAUAAGUUUCCCGAUCCUGUCCAGAUGAUCACGGAGCUCCAUGACAAGAACUUCAGAGUCACGCUCUGGGUUACACCUUUUGCGAAUUCCAACACGGACGCAUUCAUCGAAGGUGACGAGAAUGGGUUCUGGGUGAAAAACGAAGAUGGGUCUACGGCUUUGAUCAGAUGGUGGGCAGGAAUUCAAGCUGGAAUGCUUGAUGUCACGAAUCCCGAAGCGGUCAGCUGGUUUGUCAACAGGCUUGAGGAAGUCCGUUCCGACUAUGGUAUCGACUCAUUUAAGUUUGAUGCUGGUGAAACAAACUAUUUAGGGUACCACAAGACAAUGGUCCCGAUCGUAAAUCCAUGCGAGUACACUACGGAAUGGGUAAAGCUUGCGGCUCAACUGGGAAGACAGAUUGAAGUGCGAGUAGGCUUUGAGACACAAAACCAACCGAUCUUUGUUAGAAUGAUGGACAAAGAUUCCAAGUGGGGCUGGAACAAUGGUCUAAAAACUCUCAUAACAUCAGCCUUGUCCUUUAGUGUUUUAGGAUAUCCAUACGUCUUGGCCGAUAUGAUAGGAGGUAAUGUAUAUGAAGGGGGCUUUCGGGAGACCUAUCUACCUGACAAAGAGCUUUUCAUCCGAUGGCUACAGAUCACAGCAUUCAUGCCGUCCAUGCAGUAUUCAAUAUCACCAUGGCAAUACGAGGAUGACCCGGAAGUGGUCGAGAUAUCUCGCAGAUGGACCAGUUUCCACGAGAACGUCAUUACACCGAUACUAGUUGAUUUGGCAGAAACGGAAGCUAUUCCUGAAGGAAAACCUAUGAUCCGACCUCUUUGGUGGAUUGCCCCGACCGAUGAACACGCCCUCCUCAGCGAUGAUCAGUUCCUAGUAGGUGACGACAUGUUGGUCGCACCGAUUGUCGAAAAUGGUACUCUUUCUCGCGAUGUCUACCUACCAAAAGGUAAAUGGCGAGACGAGCUUCAUGGAACUGAACAUGAUGGUGGAACAUGGUUAAUAGACGUAGGAGUACCUUUAUCGGAAGCCCUCUAUUACACAAGAUUGUAGCCUUGGUUCCGUAGCUCGUAAGAGAGAUAUUGCACCUAAUAUUUUUCAAAUGAUCAGCUCAAGUAUUCUUUAACGUAACAUGGCUGUAUUCGAAAAAAAAAUAUUUCAUGAGGCACACACCAAAAAAAUUAAGAAUAAGACAAUCUGGAUCAGCAUCAUAGUGUCAAUAACUGAUGCAGUUCUUAAGGAAAGGCGAACUCAUCAUUUAAUUUCACCAUCUUAUAAAAGGAUGUUGAAGUUCUUAUAUUCAAUGGUAUUUUAUUCAAAAGCGUCAUGUCGCCGCUGAAAAAUUCUUUGCACCAUCGUGAUCGAAAUGUCUGGCGGGGGGGGGGGGGUAAGGUAUGAUAGCCGCACGAUAUGAUCUGAUGUGUGAGAAAAAUCUUGUAAAUAUUUUCGCGCCAGCCAAUUUGAAGCACAGAUGUUGAAAUAUGCAGAUUUUGAUUAACAUUAUAACAUGUAUAAUGUUGGAUUAUUAUGAUAUUAUAUAACUCCGUUAUAUAUCAUGUAAACUAUACUCUCUCUUAUACAUUGGUCACAUUUGCUCUACAGUGGUCGUA